CCACCCCCAUCAUUGGUGUCAGUUCAAGGAAUAGCUCCCCCAUCAUUGGUAUCAGUGGCAGGAAUUGCGCCCCAUAAUUGGUGUCAGUGGGAGGAAAUAGCGCCCCAUCAUUGGUAUCAGUGGCAGGAAUUGCGCCCCAUCAUUGGUGUCAGUGGGAGGAAUUGCGCCCCAUCAUUUGGUGUCAGUGGGAGGAAUUGCGCCCCAUCAUUGGUAUCAGUGGGGAGAAUA